AGUUCUUUCUUUUUUCGACAUGGGUUUCGAGAAGCAAAUAACGAUUGAUGCUUCGGGACAUCUACUAGGGCGUCUAGCCUCCACAGUUGCCAAAUCUCUUUUGUCUGGUCAACGCAUUGUGGUGGUACGAUGCGAAGAUAUAAAUAUCAGUGGCAAUUUCUAUAGAAAUAAGUUGAAAUAUUUGGAUUUUCUGCGGAAAAGAAUGAACACAAAACCAUCUCGUGGGCCAUUCCAUUUCCGUGCACCCAGCAGAAUAUUCUGGAGAACAGUCAGAGGGAUGGUACCUCAUAAGACAAAACGAGGCAUGGAAGCGAUGAAUCGUUUGAAAGUUUUUGAAGGUGUUCCUCCACCAUAUGACAAGGUUAAGAGAAUGGUUGUUCCUUCAGCUUUGAGGGUGGUACGGUUGAAACCUGGACGACGGUUUUGUGUGUUGGGAAGACUAUCACAUGAGGUUGGCUGGAAAUAUCAAGAUGUGGUGAAGACAUUGGAGGUGAAACGGAAAGCAAAGUCAGCUGUUUACUUCCAACACAAAAAGACUUUGUUGAAACUGAAGGCUCAAGCUGAGAAGAACAAGGAGAAUGAAAUUAAGCCACACAAUGAAGUUAUUACAGCUUUUGGCUGCUAAAGAUGAACUGUCAACUGAAACAAAUAAAUAAAAAACAUUGAAUCUUA